AGCUCUGAAUGCAGCCGGCCACCCCCCCUAAUGCAAGCACAAGUUGCUGGGACUGACUGAGCGGAGAUGAGUGACUGGAAGGGCUACAUCAGUGCAGUGCUGCGGGAUCAGCGGAUCGAUGACGUGGCUAUCGUGGGCCACUCGGACAAUCGCUGUGUGUGGGCAUCACGGCCUGGGGGUCUGCUGGCUGCCAUCUCCCCGCAGGAGGUGGGUGUGCUCACCGGGCCAGACCGGCACACCUUUCUGCAGACGGGUCUGAGCGUGGCAGGCCGCCGCUGCUGCGUUAUCCGUGACUACCUGCUGGCCGAGGGUGACGGCGUACUGGAUGCGCGCACCAAGGGGCUAGACGGGCGUGCAAUCUGUGUGGGCCACACGCCACGGGCGCUCCUGGUGCUCAUGGGCAGACGAGGCGUGCAUGGAGGCAUCCUCAAUAAGACAGUGCACGAUCUGAUUGGUGGGCUGCGUGAGCAGUGCUCUUAGUAGGACAGCUAGACCGCCCGUGGUUGGUAGGGAGACCAGAAUAAACCGUGAACUGGGUGCUCUGA